AUGCAGAGCCAAGCCAAUCGCCGCUUCACCACCUACCGCCACUCUUCGCCGCCUUCGCCCGACGCCGCCCUCCCCCUCUCCCUCGUCGAUGCCGAGCCCCGAGGACCUUCCUCCAUGUUCUGGUUCAUCCUCCACGGCUUCUGCUGCUUCGUUAGCCUUGCCCUUGGCUUCCGUUUCUCCCGUGUGGCCGUCCUCCUCCUUUUCUCCACCUCCACCCUCAACUCCACCCCCUUCCUCCUCACCACAACGAUGACGACCACGACCACCACUACCACCACUACGACGACCACCACCACCCGAACCGAGACCGUCACCAUCUCCCAUCUGCCCUCGCUCACUCCGGCUGCUCACCUCCCGCCGCAGAACCGGACGCAAGGCCACGUCGUCGUCGGCAAGCAUGGCAUUCGCAUCCGGUCGUGGCCGCACUCAGAACUCGCCGAGGUGCUGCGGGCGCACGAGAUCAUCCAGAGCGUUCAUCGCGAGCAGCGGCUCCAGUAUGGCGUCAAGAGUCCUCGGCCGCUGCUCGUAGUCACGCCCACCUAUGUCUGCACCUUACAGACGCUCCACCUCACCAGUCUUGGCCAUUCCCUCAUGCUCGUGCCCUAUCGUAGAGCACGACGUCGCGGGAAACACAGAGGCGAGGCGAGGAAAAGUUAA